AUGUUCGUUUUCACCCACCAAAAUCUCAUGAACGGCAUCUUCGACCACGCCAUUGCCAGAAGAAACGGCAACCAAUACUUUCUCGUCCUCUCCAGAGUAUACGGCCUUGCUCCUUAUCGCGAGAUCAGCCACCUAAAUGUCUCAACCCCACAAUCUUCGACACCACUGCCCCUUUCCAAUGAGGGCCGUCCGUGUAUCUGGUUGGACUGCAGCACGGAUCGCUCUGACUUCAUUCCUCUUCAGAAUCCCAGUAUCGUCACUGCAUUACUCAAUGCUCAGCCAAAGCCCAUUAUCAAGUUGUGUGGUCUUACCAGACGUAUCUCCCCUCCAACCGGAACAGACCGUUACUCGAAGAGUGAGGAGAUAGAGGUUGAAAAGGUUGAGUUGCUCCUCUCCGAAGACGAGCUGGUGCACUCGUGCUAUUACUGCGGCGAGUUGGAGAUGGACGGAAGUGAGCACUUUGAGCGCAUCGGCGGAAAAGGAUACAAUUCGACGUAUGGAUGCGCGGAAUGCAUGUCUACGCCUUGGAUUAGCAGAGCGGUUUUCGAGGUUGCAAAGUGCUGGGAUAACAAACAAUGA